AUGACUGCUGGUUCAGUGUGUGUCCCUCAGAUUAUACCACUGCGAGUUCCUCACCCUGGAAAAGCCAAACAUGAAAUUGAUAACGCUACACUUUUGGAAAUGAAAUCAGACACCCCAGAUGUCAACAUAUAUUAUACCCUGGAUGGCAGCAAACCUGAAUUUCUAAAGAAAAUUGGUUAUGGUGAAAAUAAUACACUUAAGUAUACAAAACCUAUUACUCUGCCUGAUGGAAAAAUACAAGUUAAAGCUAUGGCAGUCUCUAAAGACUGCAGAAAGAGUGGCAUUGUAACGAAGGUAUUUCAGGUAGACUAUGAACCAUCAAAUACAAUCUCUUCUGAAGACAAUAUUGAAAAUAUUCUCAAAGAUUCUUCAAAUCAGGAUUUAAAAAAUGGGUUUGUUGGAUCAAAAUCCAGAAAGAAAGAUAAGAUUGAUGGACGUAAGGCUAGCUGGAAUGUUAACCUUCAAAAAUUCCCAGAGAGUCCACUAGAAAUUCUAGCUUACCAUGAAGAAUCAGGCCCAAGAUCACCUGCCCACCACCAGUCCAAGUUUUCUAGUUUUGCACACAUGACUGGUCAGAAGAGUUUAACAAGCACAGAGAUCAUGAGAAUUCAAAGAGAGACAGAUUUUCUCAAGUGUGCCCACUGCCUGGCCCCUCGUCCAUCUGAUCCCUUUGUCCGCUUCUGUCAAGAAUGUGGCUCUCCUGUCCCACCCAUAUUUGGCUGUCGCCUCCCACCUCCAGAAGGAGCUCAGAUGGGUGUAUGUGUAGAAUGUGGAAGCAUGGUGCCCAUGAACACUCCCAUCUGUGUGGUAUGUGAUGCUCCUCUUACUUUGCAGCUGCAGCCUCAGGCCAGCCUCCAUCUGAAGGAGAAGGUACUCUGCCGCACCUGUGGCACAGGAAACCCGGCUUACCUGCGAUACUGUGUUACCUGUGAGGGGGUCCUGCAUUCAUCACAAAAGCCAAUGUGCAGUGGAGAUAAAACCACUCACCCAUCCACUCAGAAAAGGGAGACUUUUUCUUGCUCCAAAUGUGGUCAGCAGAAUCACCGGGAAGCUUACUUCUGUAAUUUGUGUGAAACCAAGCCUGGUAUUUCUGCUUGCUUCUCUGUUUGCCCCAAGUGUGGAGCUAGCAAUUAUCCAUCUGCUCGAUUUUGUGGUUCCUGUGGUAUUUAUGUGGAGUCCUUGUCAAGAUUAUGCUUAGAAAACAGUCUGGCCCCAGCUACUGGAGAAUCCUGCCCUUUUCCUCAGUCCAUAAAUGUUCCUUUGCUCAGAUCUGAUACUGGGACUAAGAAGGAUGUUGGCACACAGACUGUUGGCCUGUUCUACCCAUCCAGCAAACUACUAGCAAAGAAAGAAUUGGAACUGACUUCUCAAAAACAAAGACAGGAGAAGAUGAGUGACCAUAAACCUCUCCUCACAGCCAUCAGCCCAGGAAGAGGGUACUGGAGAAAACAAUUGGAUCACAUCUCUGCUCAUCUGAGGUCUUAUGCUCAGAACAACCCUGAAUUCCGAACCUUAAUUGCAGAACCCAGAAUGGGAAAGCUUAUAUCUGCUACUGUUCAUGAAGAUGGUUGUGAAGUGAGCAUCAGGCUGAAUUACAUGAAAGUCUCUAACAAGAACCUUUACUUCAACAAGGUGGUGGAUUUCAGUGACCAGUUUCUGAGCAGUGUCACCGAGAGGGGUAACGGGCUGUUCAGCAGCAGGUCCAGCUUGGUGAGUGACUACAGCCAGAGUGUCUCAGAUGCUGCUGAAAAAGUAAAGAGGACAAAGAAUUUCCAGGCCAAAAUUUUUCAAGAAAAGAAAGAACAGCUAACAUCAGAAAACAGACACCUGCUGAAGGAAGUUGGACCUGAAGGGGAAGGAAGAGUCUCUGUAAUUGAGCAGCUGCUUGAUGAAGGGGCAGAUCCCAACUGCAGUGAUCAUGAAGGCCGGCCUGUUAUUACUGUGGCUGUUGUGAACAAGCACUAUGAAGCUAUUCCAGUUCUCGUGCAGAGAGGAGCACAGGUCGACGAGCAGUCAGGACUGCUCAGAAAUACAGCUCUCCAUGAAGCAACUCUGCUUGGCCUGGAAGGAAGGAAGUGUAUCGCUGCUUUAUUGGGAUGUAAUGCAAACAUCCAAAAGAAGAACUUGAAAGGCCAGACAGCAUAUGACCUGGCUCUGGAAGUAGGGGAUGACCUCAUCACCUCACUUUUUGCUGUUAGGAUUGGCCGAGGGCUCCUGGAUCACCUCACCCAACCCAGGAGCCUCAGCCUGGAUGACUGUUAG